UGACACGUCAUUUCUGACGAUACCCUUCUCCUAUAAAUCUCACUCACUGUCGUCCAAACUUCUAACACUCUUUUCUUGUUUGCCAAACACAACCAAUGAAACCUAUGGCUAUGGCUGCACUUCCUCUUCUUUUGCAUUUCUUACUCCCUCUAUCCGCCGCUUUGGCUGCCGGCCAUGAUUCACCGGCCGAGAACAUCCUCUUUGCUUCACUCGCCAGCAGAUCAAGUUACGCUUUUGAUAUCUUCACUCUUCCCAUCACCAAUGCCAACAAAUUUCUGAACCCAUCACAUGAAACCCAAUUAACCGACGGUACAUCAGUUAAUUUCAAUGGUCAUUUUCCUUCUCCCUCCUCAUCCGCUUCUCUUCUCUCCUUUUUACCCAAUCAAACCCUAAUUCGUCAAUUCUCCUCUGCGGCACCACAAAAUUCAUCGCCUACGAGCCUUGUCUACGUCACUGAACGCCGCGGAUCGUUGCGUAUUUACUUGGACGUUGUCUAUUACGGCAAUCAGACUACGCGAAGCACCAGAUUAAGGUCGGCUCUUGAAGUUUCUGACGAUCGUCUUCAGUUUCCAUUGUUGAAGCUUGAAAAUGAAGUUUCCAUGAAGGAUAAGCCAACUGUAAGUGGAGAUUGUUUAAUUUAUGUUUCAACUCAUGAAGACCCAGGCAAGCCGAGACACAGUUGGGUUGCUGUGUAUUCAACCCAGCUGGAAACCGGGUUUACUCGGCGACUCACUCCGCCUGGUAUUGCCGAUUUUAGCCCUGCGGUUUCUCCUUCAGGAAUUUAUACUGCUGUAGCUUCUUACGGGGAGAGAGGAUGGAAUGGGGAAGUUGCAGUUUUGAGUACUGAUAUCUAUAUUUUCUUGACUCGUGACGGGUCUCAUCGAGUUAAAAUUGUAGAUAAUGGAGGUUGGCCGAGUUGGGUCGACGAUUCAACGCUCUAUUUCCACAGAAAAAGCGAAGAAGACUCUUGGAUAAGUGUUUACAGAGCGAUAUUACCGAGUGACGGUCCGAUUUCAACUGACUCGGUCGUUAUUGAAAGAGUCACGCCACCCGGUAUUCACGCAAUCACUCCAGCUACUUCUCCAGGUAAUCAUAAAUUUAUAGCAGUGGCUACUAGAAGACCCAAUUCAAAUUAUCGUCACAUAGAGCUAUUUGACCUUGUGAAGAACGAGUUCACUGAAUUGACUCGAUUAAUAGCUCCAAAGGCUCACCACUUUAACCCGUUUAUCUCACCUGACUCGUCUCGAGUUGGGUAUCAUAAAUGUAGAGGUGCUUCUAAUAGUAAAAAGAGCAGUACCCAGCUCAUGUUAGAGAAUGUGAAAAGUCCAAUUCCUCAGUUUUCGCUCUUUAGAAUUGAUGGCUGGUUUCCUUCUUGGUCACCACAAGGUGAUCGUAUUGCUUUUACUGGAUCGGGUGUUGAAGUUGUCAACUCUGAUGGAUCAAAUCGGCGUCAGGUUUAUCCUGGUUCUGCCUUUUCGACGGUUUGGAACCCGGUCCAACCGGGGAUUGUAUACUUCGCGGCAGGACGUGGGUUUUCCAGUGAGAGUACAGAGGUUGAUAUAAUCUCAGUUAAUGUUGAUCAGCCGGGCAGUGUCAGAAACCUAACUACUAAUGGUAAAAACAAUGCAUUUCCGUCGGUUUCACCCGAUGGAAAAUGGAUCGUAUUCCGAUCGGGACGGACGGGUCAUAAGAAUCUCUACAUAAUGGAUGCGGUUGCUGGAGAAAGCGGGGGACUUUUUAGGUUAACGGACGGUCCAUGGAGUGAUACAAUGAGUAAUUGGUCGCCAGACGGGGACUGGAUUGCAUUUGCUUCGGACCGAGAGAAUCCGGGCGCAGGAAGCUUCGAGAUAUUUCUGAUCCAUCCUAAUGGAACCGGGCUCAGAAAAUUGAUUCAAAGUGGGUCGGGUGGAAGAACCAACCACCCGUGUUUCAGCCCUGAUAGUAAACGAAUAGUGUUUACUACAGAUUAUGCAGGAAUAUCAGCAGAGCCAAUCUCAGUCCCCUCUAUGCCUCAACCUUAUGGAGAGAUUUUCACAAUAAAAUUGGACGGGUCUGAAUUGAAAAGGUUGACCCAUAAUCCAUUUGAAGAUGGGACUCCUACAUGGGGCUCUGCCUAUAUCAAACCACAAGAUCUGGCAUGGCAAUUGCCUAAUUAUGGAUCAAGACUGCAGUGUUCGUUUGGCGAUCGCGUCGGGGCUGAUCGCGUUGCGGCUGAGUCGCUCAAGUACUCGACUAGCAAGCAAACCACAGUGCAGUGCUUGGGUUAGAAAUUUAGAAUGAUGCUUUUUGUAAAGAUUGUAUAGACAGUAGUAUACACUAGUGUAACUAGUAUAUAAUGGUUAGUUUCUAUAUAGAAAGGUAUUGUAUGGUAUUGUUACAGUUAUAAAGCAGUGCAAACAAUAAAGGAUGCAUCUAUUAUUAUUA